UUGAAGAAAGGUUUCCGCCAGAUUUCUCCGCGUUUCCCCGCCCGGCCGCGUAGUUACUCGUAUAAAUAGGAGGCGGCGGACCGGCGUGCGUCUCACUCCCUGUCUGAUCGUCGACGCAGCAAGACCUCCGGGGAUCGAGAAGUCAACAUGCAUCCUUCAAGUCUCCUGGUGGUGCUGGCGGCGCUGGGUGGUGCCUCCGCCUGCAAGUACUACUGUAAGGUGCCCAACGGCAACACUUACAUCUGCUGCGACGACGGGAACCCCUUCCUAGACACUGCAGAUGACGAACCUGCACCUGGAUAUGACAGUGCCGAGGUCGAUGAUGAAGUGUUCCCAUCUGAAUACCCACCGGCGGCCAAUGGGUGUCUGUACUACUGCUCCUACGACGGGGCGGUCUACUGCUGCGCCGACAACUCCGUCCCUAUCCCAGAGAACCAAAAUCAGCACGAGGGUCUGUGUCCUGAGGAGGAGGAACAGGUGUGCAAGACCCAAGGUAUCUUCCUCGUCACCAAGAAGAGCAAGACUGGCAGGACCUCCGGCGCGCUGCUGCUGGCGGAGGGUGACGUGAAGGAAAAGCCCUCGUGUGCCUCCGACGGGUACUGCGGCGAGGAGGAGCGGUGUUGUCCCAGCAAGUGCGCCCAGCGUCACAUCUGCCUCAAGAGUCUGCCGGAGGAGGACGACGAGGAGUAGAGGACAAGAGAACGAGAAGCAGUACAAGAGGUCAAGAGGAGGAUUAGGAAGAGGAGGAUAAGGAGUAGAGGUUGAGAGGUUAAGAGGAAGAGUAUAUUAUUAGAGGAGGACAAGGAGGAAAAGGAUGUGGGAUAUUGAAGACAGUAAAGGAAACAGAAAGAAAAGAAGUGAACGAGGAUGAGAAGAAGACAGGAAGACAAAGUGAAAGGGCGGAGGAGGAAGAGGAGGAUGACUAUAUAUAUUUUUUUUAUAGCACAACACCAGCAGGAAACAGAGGAAAAAAGGGGAAGAGAGGAAGAUGUACAAAUCAACGCCGGUUUAUCCCUCGCCCCGGCCAAGGAUCAGGAGGGAGGAAUUAUUUUUCUUCUCGGCUGCUUCCUGGCGGGCGGGCGGAGAGGGAAGCCGCGGCCGCUGUGUUAGCCUGCGUUACGGGCGUUUCCUGCGGGCGAGGGAUGCUUUGGGUGGCUGGCGUGUGCGUGAGACCUGGCUGAGAGUGGAAUCAAGUGGAAUCAACAACAAAACAACAAAACAAGGCCUCGUAUAAGCAAUCUAC